AUGGCGGAGGAGGGCCGAUCUCAAUCCUUGCCAACAACAUCCGAGCCACAGGCAAUUCGUACUGCUGCUACACCGGAAAUACAGACUGCGGGGCCCCAAGAGUCCCCUGAGAGUAGCCGGAGAGAAGGAGCAGCCCGACCAUAUCCCCUCAGCAGCAGCAUCAGCAGCAGCAGCAGCAGCAGCAGCAAUCCUGAGCCCUUGAUGCUGCCGCAUGGAGCAAUAGAAGGACCACGUAGCACCAGCGGACGGGCAGCAGCAGCAGCAGCAGCAGCAGCAGCAAAUGAGCCACCUCCAGGCAGCAGCAGCAGCAGUAGCAGCUUCGUUGCAGAAACCGACAGCAGCAGACCAACUGUUGCUCCUAGCCGCAGUAGCAGAACCAGCAGCAGUAGCAGCAGCAGUAGCAGCAGCAGCAGUAGCAGCAAUCCCCGCAGGUCUCUGUUAAGCUCUCGACGUCUCCAAGACAGAAGCAGCAGCAGCAGCAGCAGCAGCAGCAGCAGCAGCAUGCCAUAUUCUGGUUACUCCAUAGGUAUGGGUUCAGGUGCAUCGUCAGCAGCAGCAGGAGGAGGAGGAUCCCGUGUGCACCGUAAGCACCGCAGCAGCAAGCGUCGCAGCAGCAGCAAGCGUCGCAGCAGUAGCAAGCGUCGCAGCAGCAGCAGCAGCAGCAGCAGCAGCGGUAGUGGUAAGGAUGAUAUGGAUAUGAGUAGAUCAGAAGAUGCGUCUGGUUCUGCUGCAGCAGCAGCUGCUGCUGCUGCUGCAUGCGUCCCUUUACCUAUUUGUGGGGGUAUACAUCUAUCUACUAUUGCUGUCCCUCUAGUGCAUGCAGCAGCAAUUAUACGCAGCAGCCAGAAGGGACUAGCAAGAGAUAUAUCUAUUAUAUUAGCAUAUAUAAAAAAAAAACUGCAGCAGCAACUUGCUGCUGCACAUACACCCCAGCAGCAAAUUGAUAAAAUUGAUCUUGUUCUUGAUAAAAUUAAUAAUAUUAAAAAAAGGGCAGAGGUGGCAGCAGCAAGAGCAACAGAAGAAUUAGAGAGAUGCAGCAGACGAUUAAAAAUAUUAAUGGAGGAACCAGACCUACAAGAAGAACAGAUGCGUCUCAACAUGCUGCAUCUAUUCUAA